AUGGCCCUCUUGUCGCGGCUGCCGUCGCUCCGCGCUCCUGUGCGACGGCCUGCCCAAGACCACACAAGGAACGAUGGCCGGCCGCCGAUGAAGAAACAGCGCACCCUGGAAGAUUAUGGCGUGCGCCGUCGCCGGAGUUCUCCAGAUUGCUUGGGAACCACCGCCACCGCCACUACCACCACCACCACCACCCAGGAGAUGCACCCGGUCGGCAACCCUCGACCCGUGAAGCCUCCCUUGAAGGCUGCGCACUCGCGGACCUCGACAAGACGCGCUCGUCGCAACUCCUCCUCAUCCAUCGACUCGUUGGCAUCCAAUGCUCAAUUGAAAACUCCGAGUCAACUUCAUAUCAAUGGUAAUGGCUCUACUAGGAAUAUUCGUGUACCCGACCGUACCCCCUCCGCUGUACAAAAUCUACGCGAUGAAUCUCCCGACCCAUUGGACACGAUCUCUCCAGUCGUAGCGGCCACUCCUACGCGACCGCAACCUACAACUUCCACCCACGCGCCCGAGCCCGAGAAUAGUCUCCCAAAUGUCUCUCCUAUGACAACUCGGACAACCCGACAAAAUGACUUCGAGCCCAACGCACAAGUGGCCGAAGUGGUCGAGAAGGACGAAACACAGCCAAAGCCGGAACAGCCGAGUAUAGCGAGCCCGAACGCUGCGACAAGAUCUCAGCAGAAGCGCAAGAGUGAUAUUCUCUCGAGAGAGCUUCUUGUGACCACCCCCGCAGCGGCCCCAGCAGCGACGGAGAGACGGUCGUUGCGGUCUGCAGAUACUGGUGCUCGCUGCAAGAGCGAGCUGGCCCAGUAUUUCUAUAAUUACGAGCAAAUUAUCAGCCUCGAGAGUCCUAAGCCUGUAGUGGAAACACUCGCGGCCAAUACCAUUAUCGCUCUGGUAGAUGACCUCUCUGAGGCACUUCCCUUCACUUCCUCACCAGAUCCUACACCAUUUGGUAACCCGCUACAAAAACUUUACGAUUGCGAGAGUAUAACACUUCCUAUGCCUAUAAAACAGCCACCCGAGGACCCUCUCAACGAGGAAUUUUUCUUUAAGUCCCAUCGCCGAUUUGAACGGCAGGAGAAGCAACUGCGAAAUAUCGAGCGCGACCGUGCACAACAUGAAAAGCAGCAAUUAGAUCGGCUUCUCGAAGAGCUACGUAGCCAGGAUUGGUUGCGGGUGAUGGGAUUACCUAGCGUUCACGAGAGCGAGAAGAAGCUCUAUGAGCCAAAACGAGAGAUCCUGAUCCAAGAACUUGUUGCUCUGCUAAAUAAGUUCCAAGUCUGGAAAGACGAGGAGAGGAAGCGCAAACUGAUCAAAGAGAAAUCCGUUCCACCUGCAGAAGCGGAAAUCGAGUCUCGACGCUCACGAAAACGCUCGCGACCCGUCGAAGAAACCGAGGGGCAGGAAAGCUCACUUACCCCCGGGCCUGAAACACCAAGUACCCCCGACUCCAAUGAUGUAGACGCAUUGGCUGCACGACAGCUUCACCAAGAAGCCCGUUCGGCUUCAGAUUCAGCAGCCAAAAAUCGCAAAUCAACAUCAAACUCACGUAAACCGAAGCCCAAUUCUGCAGACGCAGAUAGGGAGAAAACAAACAAUACCGAUAAAAAAGGCUCACAAAAACAACCUCAACCUCAAAGUCUCGACCCCUCUCCUUCCUCUCCUCCUCUAGCUCCUGUUCCAUUCUUUCUCCCUCAACCCGAUGACAAACCCUUCAUCUCGUUCUUUUCCGACGACAAAGAGCGCGAAAUCGCCUUAUCUGCAAUACCAGGGAACAGGGAGGAGCGGACUCAUCACGUCCUUGCGUUUGGUCAACCAAUCCCAGAGGUAGAGGAGCAAGAGUUUCAACCACCAGAAGAUCUGAUCACCGAAGAAGCUCUUCAGGCCUCACAGCGCCAGCGUCGUCUAUUAAAGAGACGAAGCCAUGGAAAAGCGGAUUGA